GCUCAACAGAAAUCGUGUUGCACUUUUAGAAGUAAGUCGUUCAGUAGCUUCGUUCUUUAAAUGCGAUUUAGGUCACAAUCAGAUUGCCGCAAACUCUGACGCCUGCCUGCCUUCAGCGGUUGAUUCCGGCCGACCGGAGCCGUCCAACGAGGAGAUGGAUUUGGUGAACGCCUCAAAUGAAGCCAUUACGAACUUGGGAGAAAGGACGAUGGAAGGUAAUGCUGCUCGAGACGAUGAUUAUAAGAAUAAAGUUGAUGAGCUAUUCGCAAAGGUUGAUGAACUCGAGCAAAGAGUGAAUGAAGUUGAACAAUUUUACUUAAACCUAAAGGAACCAAACACUUAUAGGAAUGCUUCAAUCACAAAGGAUAAAGAAAAGGAGAAACAUAUUCCCAGCAUGAAGAAGCUACAGCAGGAUGCUUCCCGCAGGGAGGCUGCUGCUGCUAAGAGAAUGCAAGAGCUUAUGCGCCAGUUUGGAAGUAUAUUUCGUCAGAUCACCCAGCACAAGUGGGCAUGGCCAUUUAUGCAACCAGUAGAUGUUGAAGGGCUUGGGUUGCAUGAUUACUAUCAGAUUAUUGACAGGCCCAUGGACUUCACUACAAUAAAAAACCAAAUGGAAGCCAAGGAUGGUACUGGGUAUAAGCAUGUCCGCGAGAUAUGUUCUGAUGUGCGGUUGGUUUUCAAAAAUGCAAUGAAGUACAAUGAUGAAAAGAGUGACGUUCAUGUAAUGGCAAAAACAUUAUUGGAAAAAUUUGAGGAGAAGUGGCUGCAGUUUCUGCCAAGAGUUACAGAAGAGGAAAAGAGACGAGAAGAGGAGCAAGCUGAAGCACAAAUAAACAUGCAGCUAGCUCAGGAGGCAGCUCAUGCGAAAUUGGCCAGGGAGAUAAACAAUGAGCUUUACGACAUUGAUAUGCAUAUAGAAGAACUCAGAGAAAUGGUGGUUAAAAAGUGCAGACACAUAUCUACAAUGGAGAAAAGAAAGCUAGGGAUUGCUCUCUCCAACUUAUGUCCCGAAGAUCUUAGUAAGGCACUGGACAUAGUAGCACAAAAUAACCUUAACUUCCCAGCAACUGCUGAAGAGGUGGAGCUCGACAUAAAUGCUCAGAGUGAAUCAACACUGUGGAGGUUGAAAUUUUUCGUUAAGGACGUAUUAAAGGGUCGGUGCAAGAGUUCAAACAAGGAUGACAACAAUAAUAUCAUUCCCCCAGAUGCGGCUAACAAGCAUGAAAAUAACAUUGUCUCCAAACGCAAACGAGAGAUAUGUGAUGCUCUUGCCAAGACUGCUAAAAGACGAAAGAAGAAGCCCCCAUCAUGAUUCAUAUUGCACUUUUCUAAAAGAAGAGUUUCAAGAGUACUAAGGCUAUCACUCGAGGAAAGACAGAACGAGUAUACAAAGAGUAGUCAAUGAGGGCUGGGUAAGUUUUCCUAAAAGCUCGAGGUGUAAUUGGCUAAUUUCUUUAUGCCAUUUAGGAGUAUUAGAGGAAUUUCAGAAUAGUAAUCUGUUGUCGUAAGUGAUUUGGGUGAUAAUUGACGGCUUAUAGUGUGGAUUGAGUGCAUUAAACUAGGUUUGGAAUUGCACUCAGAUUGAUCCCUUGGUUUUUCCCUUGGUAGACUUGGGUGUCUUAGUCAUUCGUAUUUUCAUGCAGUUCAUCCAAAAUUUUCCCCCUAUUAUCUCUUUUCUUUCCCCUCCAAAAUUAAGGGCUUGGCAAUGCCGUCUAUGUACGUUUAUACCUGCAUAAACUAUCAAUGGUUU